CCAAAAUAAACUUAAUGUGCCAGUGCGUGUAACUAGUAUCUUUGCAGUAUAUUUUGAAUAAAUUGUUGCAAAAAGAAUAAAUCAAGUUGCCAGCCCAAAUGUAUCGAUAUCGCUAUUGAAACUCGCCCAUUUGAAAGAUGUCAUCGCUUCGAUUAAUAACAAAGAACCGUCAAAACACAAGAUUUUACCAAUUGCACAAUGAAACCGAGUUCCUUAUCCAUAUUCGCCGAAGAUAUCCUAAAGGAUUAUGGCACAUUUAUGGAGCAACAUGAUGAAAAAAUGCAAUUGUUACAAAAACAAAUGAUCAACAACAACAGUCUCGAUGAGAUCGGCGGCUCCAAAUUGUUAACUUCAGUGCCACCGGCUAUAGAAAUCAAUUACAUCGAGUCCCACUUUCAAAGCGGCAGCAAUUUGAAAUUCUCUGAGGCCGAACUGCUGGCCAACAAGCCGCUCACAACUUUGGCCAAUUUGUGCAAUCAGUGCAACGAUUUAAGCAAGUCCGCCGAUCAAUUGCAGCUGAAAUUCCUCAAUGCCGGCACUCAAAUAGAAAACUUACAGAUUUCGCUGGGGAUUAGUCCCAAUAUGGGACUGGAGCACAUACUAUGUAAAAUGAGUUCAGCAAUUGACUUCUUUUGCCAAAUAUAUUUCCUGCUAAAACGCAUCAUUGUUGUGCUCCAGAAUAUAUGGACUCAAAUAACAUCCUACGUGGCCACAGCUGUCGACGUCAAUGAGGUGCACAUCUUUAAUGUUUUUGAUGCAAUGGCUGAAUUGUUGGAACAUAUUGUUAUAUUCAACGAGCUCACAGAACAGUCGAACCUUUCGAACAAAUGGUCCUUCUAUAAGAAGUGGCUGCAGACGCUGGCCAAGAAAAACGAGAUCUUCCAGCAUUGCAGCAAAUUCGAGAUUAAUGGCCUGGAAACCUCUCUGGAUGACAUAGAAACUGUGAUAACUGGCAAUAUAUUUCGGAUUUUUCUGCAGAGCUUGCUGGACACAAAGCGACAGUUGAAUCUGAAGGACGCCAAUGUUAAUUAUAUUACCCAACAUUCCAAUGCAUACAUACGCAAACUGAUGAGCUCCAUUGAAGUGAAUCAAGCGAAUGAGUACAAAAACUAUGAGCAGCCCAAGCACCUUUUGAGGCUUACCGCAUUUAUUUGUGUGCUGCAUCAGCUGGGCAUUCUGCUGGAUGGCAAGCUAAUGAAGAACGCCCUGGACACACUGAACCGCUAUCAGCGUGUGCCCUUGAGUCGAAAUGUUUACUGGUCGCCGCAUGCAUUCAUUUGCAAGCAUGCCAGGACGCUGGUGAAGGCGCAGGAUAAGGUGCAGGAUUGCCUGAAGCAAUAUCACGCCAGCAUGGAGAAAAUCAAUGCCAACGAUUUGAGAAACUGCCGCCAGCUGGGCACCCAGAUUGCAUUGUGGUCCAUAAAUAUGCAACGUGUCUUUGCCGCCGGCACCUUUGGCCAGCUCAAGAGCUUCUCCAAGCUUCUAUUGCAGGGUCAGGGCUAUGCGACUCAAGUAAACGCUUUAAUCGAUAGCCUGAUCAAGCGACAUCUGGCACUGGGGCUGUCCAUUAGCAAAGUCACGCUAUUUACCAUUUGUAAACUUAUGCAGUAUUUGCAAAUAUUGCAGAACACAUUUGCAUCGAAUCAAAUCGUGUGUAUACGCUUCUUGAGCUCCCUGCUGCAAUGGCAAAAGCAGAAAAUGCAACAUCUGCUGUUGCUGACUAAGAAAAGUAUUGUGGAUCUGAAGCUGAUGCAGAGGAAAAUGAACAUAUUGUACACGCUGAAGCUCUCGGAGAAAUCAAUCAAAGGCUAUCCCACCAAGCGGCGUCUGACCAUUGUCAAUCUGGCCUUAAGCGAGUAUCUGGGCAAGGAUCGCAUACUGCCGGCCGAUAAGCAAAAGCUGCUCAAAUCCAUUGCGCUGCGAGCCAAUAAUCUGUGUCGUCUACAACAAAAUAUGCUGGCCCAGUUGGAUGCCACAAAUCUGUUAAGCAACUACGAUUCCUUGGCGCUAUCCGAUGCUGGACUCAAGGAGUAUGUGCAGCAGCAGCAUAAUCCAUAUUUACUGCAAAAUAUGUUUGCGGCUAGCAACAAGCUGGACAAAAAUCUGGCCAUCUUCAAGCUCUGCGAUGAGGCAUAUAACGAGCCGAGCACUACUCAGAGAAUAUUGGACUAUGAAAAAGAGUUUCUAUGCAAUCAUCUGGAGUUUCUGUUGCGUGUAGAAGCAUUGUCACAUCUAUUCCUUAGCCAAGAGCAUCCAUUCACUCAGCAGACCAUCGAUUACAGGAACUGCAUUAAGGUGUCUGCAACUGAAGUGGACGGCGCUUAUAGUAUACUAAAAGAUAACCUUGAGAACUAUUUUACCGCAACGUUUUACAAUUUAACGACUAUUGCGCCGCACGAUUGGAAAUCGUACGAAAAGAUGCGUCAUUUGGCCUAUAAACUAUUACAACUACGACCUGUCGAUGACUAUUUACCCAAUCAGAUAAUUGAUCAGGGCAUCGACGUGCUUCAGAUAAUGCGCAACAUCCACACAUUCGCCUCGACAUAUGCAUACAAUAUGAAUUUGCAAUUGUUUGUUGAAAUUCAGAGCCGGAAUAAGCAUCUCGAUAUUAUUGGUACACGGCACGUGGCGAACUCCGUGCAGACACAUGGCACGGGCAUUAUAAACACAACGGUCAAUUUUAUCUAUCAGUUUUUGCGUCAGAAAUUCUAUACGUUCUCAACGUUUCUGCAUGAUGAGCACAUCAAGUCGCGACUCUUGAAGGAAUAUCGCUAUCAUGCCGAGCAGAAGCAUCAGAAUCGGCCAUACCAAUCGUAUCCCUAUGAGCGGGCCGAGAGCUUUAUCAAGAAAAUACGAAAAUUGGGCGUGUCCAGCAAUGGGGAAACGUAUAUGGACCUGUUUAGGAAGGUUAUCACCCAAGUUGGCAACGCUGUCGGCUAUGUGCGUCUGCUGCAAUCGGGCAGUAAAAAUGCUAACUUUAGAAGUCGCUCCUUCAUGUCCCGAUUUAAUGGCAAUUUUGGGCGCGGCGAGGACAAGGGCCUGGAGUUGACCACCGAAGGUUCCAUCAGGGAAUACAAAAAGAGUGUUGAGCAUCUGAAGGAGUGCUAUUCCGACUGCACCAACUACUUUAAGCUAUUAAUGCAGGGCUUCCAACCGUUUCUAUGCAAUCCACACAAUCAUCAUUUGCGAACAUUCUUCCUUAUAACACCCGCCCUGAUUAUGAACUACAUCGACUACCGCGUCAAGGAGAAGCUGAAAAUGUACAAAAAGGAUCAAUCGAAGUGUUCGCUGUUCGAGGAUGGCUUCGCCAUCGGCCUGAUCUACAUUCUAAAUAUGCUGAAUCAGCUGGGCGAUUUUCAUGAGCUCGGCUGGAGUCAGACGACCACACAGCAAUUGAACGCCGAGCGUCUCAAGCUGAAAAACAUCCUGUCCGCGCAGAAUAGGGACCAAAGCCGUGCUCCACUCCCAACUGAAACGGACGAGAAACUACUUCAAACAGUCGCAAUUACCGAAAGACACGUUAAUGCCUAUGACCAUGAAUAUAAAUUGUUAUAUGCUACUUUAAGUAGCGCUGAGAUAUUUUUUCAAUAAAUCCCUUUUGACAAA